GUGGGUAUUUAGGUGGGGAAAAGAUGGUUGGGAUGGAAUAGUAAAAAAGGAAGAAAUGUAUCGGAAGACUGAUAUCCAGAUGAGGCAGAUGUUAUUCGGAAGUCAUCCUGGAGCUUUUGGUCCGCAUGACUGAGCAUAAGAUCGUAAACAACAAGUGUCACGUGUUCUCAGCUGAACCCAGGCAGACAUAACGUAUAUCCUUGUCUACCCAUAAAUGAUUAAGCAUUUUCCUUUGAAACUGAAAGCUUGCGUCAUGCAAUGUACUGGCUUCACAAGCUACAAACAUUACACCCAUGUGUUGGCGUAAGACCAAGCUAUAUCGUCGCUCGCAGGUCAGUCUGUGUGUCUCAAGAUUUUGAAUCAUUUGUUAUAUUCUGACAGAAGACACAGUGUGAUAACAAGUAAUUAAUUGUCACCAAGGAGUCGUGACGUCAUGGAAAUGCUUCCCGGCGUCCAGCCAGGCACUCUGGGCCUUGACCUGAAGAUUGGCGCACACGAAAAGAGCCUAAAAUACAGGACAUUCAUCGUUGAAGGCAUAUUAAAGGAAACCGAAUUUAAGCAUUUGAAAUUGGCAGCUCUAAAUACACUCGGGACAUUCAAAUUCCACCAAGGAGAGUUUCUGGAGGCAUCGGUGUAUUUUCAACGAGUUUUAGAUGAAGAUCCUCGGAAUCUUAACGCAUGGGCAAAUCUGAAUCAUGUACACCUCUCUUUAAAAUGUCCAAAUGGUUGGCACUUGGAUGAUCAGCUGAGAAAGGCAAACGAUUUGGACCCUGAGGAAGACAUGGCUAGAGGUCAGGCUCGGUGCUUGGCAGAACAGGCUUUCGCAGUGCGUGGGACGUGUGCCACCACCUUUACCGGCACUGACGGUUUCUUCAAAUCCAAUGAACUCUAUUCCAGAGCAUUGUCCUUAGUUAAGGAUCUGCCCUUCGAAGGAGAGUUUGGUGGCUGGAAGCUUAUCAUGAUAAAAAAUCUCAGAUAUAUUUGUCGUAAUUUGGAUCAUCUUGAGACAGCGUCUGAAACUAUUAAAGCAUAUUUCGAGGAGGCUGUGGAUCUCGCUUGUAGUCUCUAUGAAACCGUUCGCGGGAGAAAGGAAUUUGCAUUGUUAGAAGGCCAUAUCUUGAUUCAUCUCGGAUAUUUUUUGUCAAAGACGCUGAGAUACGUUGACAACAGUCAUUGGAAUUUGACAUCCGCACUUCAAGUAAAAUAUACCAGUCUUACUUGGGAGCUUGACAAUCCUCUGGAAUGCUUCAAACGAGCAGUGACCUUGGCACCGGGUAGCACCAAAGUCUUAAACAUGAGUGCCCGAUCAAUGAAUUUGUAUCUGAAUGGAGACAUGAAUACGUCAUUAGAACUUCUUGAGCAGUCAAUCGGCAUUGACCCAUCUCCGGUCAACUGGUUUGCGAGGUUUGAACGAGCCGACAUUCGCAGACGACAGUACGUCGCAGACAAGCGGGCGUGGGAAAACGGCGACUCUAUGCCUGAUAGGGACCUCCUUCUCAAAGCUGUGAAGGACUAUCUCUUCAUCAUCAAAUGUACCCCUAGUCCAUACUAUACAUGUGAACUGGCUAUGGUGUACUGUGAGAUUGCAAUAACUUACAAACAGACUGAGGAAGAAACUCUGGCCAAUGAAUACACCAUGAAGUCCUUGGAGUGUUUCCGGCGGGCCCUGGUCACUCUGGACGGGCGCCAGCUGCCACAUCUUCACUAUCAUCACGGACUCUGUCUGAAAAACUUCGGAGAGUUGAGGUACGCCAUCGAGGCCUUCAAGCGCUCUGUGGAGUCUCACGGUAAAGGAAGCACGGAGACGGGAUGUUUGGAACACCUUCUGGACAGUCUGUGCAAGGAGUACAUCCACAACGUCGACCGGGAUCACUCUCACUCCAUCCUCGCGGAAAUGACCUUCUGGGUGAUAUGUGCUUUUGACAAAUACGACACAGAAAACCUUACACUGGCUCUGGAGGCCUGUGCGCUCAAGGAACCGCUUGCCUUUACUGAUCUGACCAUCUCUGCUAUAGCAGAGAAGGCAUUUUCUGUCGGGGAAAUAUGUUCAGAUAUAUGUCUAAGACUCGGAAAGGCCACGAGCGCUAGUUAUUAUGCGCAACGAAUGAGAAAAAUCUGUUCUGCCAUGAAAAAUUCUCAACAGUUCGUUCUUUCGACCAGAGUGCCCUCUGCCAGAAAUAAGGGCGGGUUCAAGUAUGAUUUUGUUAUUAUUUACAGUGAGGGCGACAGGGCUUGGGUACUGUAUUCACUUCUGUUGAAGCUUGAGCAAGAGUUCGGUUUUAAGGGAUUUGUGGACGACCGUGAUGCUGUUCCUGGGAAAUCGCAUUUGCAUAAUUUUGAAUAUGCGCUUGAGAGCAGUUAUAAGGCACUGGUGAUCUUGAGCCCCGACUUCCUGGACAACGCCUGGUGUAAGCAUGAAAUGCAGACGGCCAUCACCAGGAUGCUGAACAAGAAACAAAUCGACACGGUCGUCCCAAUAAAGAUCAAGGAAUGCGAGACUCCAGACUGUUUUAAUUGUAUCACGGCUUUUCAAGCCUUUGACAGGGUACAGUGGGACAAACUUCUCGAGGCCAUGCAGUGAUUUGCCAUGUUGCCAGAAUUUAACCCGCAUCAACAAGCCCAAUCGUCAUACAAAUUAUCUUUCAGGAACCAUACACCGGUGUGUAAUAUAUAAUCUGCGUCAGUAGGCAAGAUGAAGUGCAGCAGAAAUCUAAAAUCCUAAACAUUGUCCUAGAUUCUAUUUCGGUGUGUAUAUGUUUUUCAUUUGGAAUACACCGGGGUCCCGCCAAAAAUGC